AUGACCUCUUCCCAUGCACUCCGAGGUAUCCUGUCCCUCUUCUUUCUUUCUCUUAACUAUAAUAAUUACUUUUACGCAACAGAAGCUAUUCGUUUGGGCAACAUUAUUCGUCUCCCUUCGUGUAAGGUCCCUCCAUUCCGAGAGGCCCCUGCCUUUCGGAAUGAGAAGGAGUGUGGAUCAAAUAAAAAUGAUCCUAUUAACGUAGCUAUGACUCUGGAUGUUAACUAUGUGCGUGGCACCAUGGCCGCCAUAUUCUCCAUAUUACAGCACUCUGGCUGCCCGGAGGAUGUCCAUUUCCACUUCCUUGCAGCGCACGACACUGAAGAACUUACGAUGGCCAUCAAAUCCACCUUCCCUUACCUCAAUUUCAAGAUCUACCUCUUCGAUUCGGAGAGAGUCAGUGACAAGAUAUCAAAGUCCGUUCGACAAGCCUUGGACCAACCGUUGAAUUACGCGCGUAUAUACCUCGCCGACGCGCUUCCAGACGACAUUGGGCGCGUGAUAUAUCUAGAUUCAGACCUCAUUGUUGUGGACGACAUAGCCAAGCUUUGGAACGUAGACAUGGAAGAAAAAGUGGUGGCAGCACCGGAAUACUGCAAUGCAAACUUUACUACGUAUUUUACGGAGGAGUUCUGGAAGGAUCCGGAGUUGUCGAAAACAUUUGAAGGGAAGAAGGCAUGUUACUUCAACACAGGGGUGAUGGUGAUGGACAUAGAAAAAUGGAGGAGAGAGGGAUACACAGACAAGGUAGAAGGGUGGAUGAGGGUGCAAAAGCAGGAAAAGAGGAUAUACCAUUUGGGUUCUCUUCCACCAUUUUUGUUGGUAUUGGCAGGGAACAUCAAAGGAGUGGAUCAUAGGUGGAACCAACAUGGGUUAGGUGGUGACAACUUUGAAGGAAAAUGCAGGAACUUGCACCCUGGUCGCAUUAGCUUGCUGCAUUGGAGUGGAAAGGGGAAGCCAUGGUUGAGGUUGGAUUCUAGGAAGCCAUGCUCCAUUGACCACCUUUGGGCUCCUUAUGACUUGUAUUCAUCUUCCAAACACUUCUUUGACGAAUGA